AUGACAGAUAAAGUUAAUUUUUUACCUCCAGAACCCAUCAAAUUGAUCGAUGAAGAUACGGAGUCCGAUGAGUUAACAAGACCGUUCAUAUCAAAUGAGAGUAAUAACUUUGAUACUAUCUCGAACAUAUCGAUGUCAAAUAUAGGUAUAAAGAAGAUCAUUAUUAGUGAUUGUACAAUAGUAACAGGUGAUAAUGGCACUAAGUUUGCAGUAUGGAAAAUGACAUUAAUAUUAAAAUCCGAUCCUACGUCAACGAUGAAUGGUGGACCACCAUUGAUUCAGUUGUAUAAAAGAUAUUCUGAUUUCGAAAGGUUUAGAAGUAAACUUCUAAUUAAAAUAAGAGAAGUACGGCCAGAUUUAAGAAACUUGGUACCUGAGUUACCACCUGUUAUUCCAUGGUACAAGAGUUGGGAUUAUGAUCAUUUAAACUUUGACAAAAAAUGGUUAGCUAAGAGGCGUAUUGGGCUAGAGCGGUUUAUGAGUCAAGUCGUCUCUAAUAGCCAAAUUACUGAGUUAGCAAGUGAUGAACUGAAGAAAUUUUUAGAAACGUAA